AUGGCGGCCAACAACCUACGAAGCGUUUACCAACAAUACAAGCACGAUACGGAUGUCGUGGCAUCAUGGCUUGCGUCUACAGCCAAGUCAUUUGGCUACAACAAGCCCCUCGAACCGCCUGCUCCUACGGAACAGAAGACGCAAAGGCUCAAAGGCAAAGCCAGAAGAGCCGGCAAUACUACGCAGAGUGGAUCAGACAAGCAGACGUCCAAGCCGAAAUACACCCUUGCUAUCAAGGACUUCGUACCUUUGUCUGCUCACAUUGCUAAGGUCAAAGGCACUGUAGAAGUGCCGGACUACUUCAACGUUGCACUUGAUCGGGUGAUAUCGGUUCGAAGUGCUUUCUCGCACAAGCUGGCAGCUGCCGGCGAAGCUGUCGACAAAUCGUCAGAUGACCGUCACAGCUUUUUUGUCACUGUCCUAGAAAGUGUUCGCGAUGCACUCAAGCCUUUGAUGAGAAACGAUGCUCUUGAUCUCAACAGCAUCAAGAAUGCUACGCAUCGGAGUGAUAAAGACCGAGUCAGACAGACUGGACUUCGCAACAUCUUCGAGGUUUUGGAUGUAUAUGAGCCAUCGGCGGAGUUCUUGGCUGCACCAGACGUGGUACCUCCGCCUAAACCUAUGAAACUGGAUUACACUGCUGAGGUGCUGACCGACUCCGUCAUUGAUGCCUUUAUGGCAAUGACCAUGUUGAUGGACGACCUCUCCCGCCUUCGUGCUGAGAUUUCAGACCUAUGGAGUCGGCACCAUGCGGGAGAACUCGAUUUGGCAACUGUGUCGGUAGCGACCAACACAGCAAUUCAGCUUGCGCACAGCAUGCACGACGAAGUUUAUCCAGUGAUGAAGCAUCUCGUCGAAAGCGUGCCGUUCCAUGAGGUGUACUUUCUGGCUAUCGCUAAAGAAGCUGGUGUUGACCCACAAGCGAAAGGUUGGUUCGGCUGGUGGAACGACUACAACUUCGAAGCCUACGACAUCGCAGACGCCCUGUUCAACAACGCCCGUAAUGGCCUCCUGGUCUACCUUUACAACGAUCUCUCCGCGUCCGGGUCAGUCAUGGACUACAAUGGCAAAUGGGGUCGAUUCGAUGAAAAUGAGGGUCCACCACCCAGAACGAACAAGCAAAAGUAUGCCCGCGAUAAGUCGACGUUGAUGGAAGUGUUCCAAGAUCUUCCCUUGCUACACAAUCAUCCGGGAGCGGUUGAGGAUCAGUUUGUCAUCGCUUUCGAGGCAGCGCGGGCAUCCUAUGCAAGGGAGAAUACGAACAAGCAACCACCAAUCUGGUCGUGCUUUGCAUUCCAGAUAUAUCUCGACAUCAUUUACUCUACCGAGGUUGGUGCGGGCUGGACGCAGAUGCGCAACGAGUUUACUACGCUCCAGAAAUACGUUGAGACAUACCCUAGAGCUUCUUCCGACAUGAAGGAAUUAGUAAAAUCGGUCGAUAAGAUCAUGGAGGUCGAUCCCAUCGCGAUCAUCCGAUCGGCAGAAGCUGUCAAGUACGCCGCAACACCCGGGGCGGUCAUGUGCGUAACGCAAUUAUACCAUGCCCUGCGCCAGACUGAGCUUCUUUCGGAAGAGUGGAAGGAUCUUCAGACGCUGUGGGACAUGCAGGGAAAUUCGGCCUACUUCAUUGGCGAACCCCCUAAAGACUUUGAGGGACAUUGGAAGAACUUUCUCAUGGCUAUUGGUGCUUCAGCAACUAACUGGGCAAGCUCAAAGAGGAAUAUGAAGGUCAAGGAGACCAAAGCGAACGCACGUUUGUUGAAGUUCAAGGGUCCAAUAUCGGCCUGGAUGGCUUCGCGUAUUUCAACAAAUGGCGACGAACGACUCAUCACAGCUGAAACAAUUGAAGACGAGAUCAAAGAAGGCGCAUGCCAUCAUUCCUCCCUCGCCGCCGUCAUGCCGGCCAUUCAAAGGCAAACCCACGUCAUACAAAAAUUGGCCACUGCUCUCCACGCCGAGGCUACAGAAAUCACGUUCGAUUACUUCACCAUGCAUGACCUUUGCUGGGAGUUGAUGGAAAGGAUGAAGGAGCAGUUCAGUCCUAUCAUUGCUGCCAAAUCUGGGAAGCAGUGGGAAGCACAUAAGAGCAACCUGCCGUUUGUUGUUGGCUUCGUCUUCUCUACGGCAGCGGGUAAAAAAGAUAUCGAGACGGACGGUGUGCCUUCGGUAGAGCUGUUAAAGAUCGCUGUGCAAGUUACAAAAAAGUUCUUGGAGGAAGGUAAAGGUAAUGUGAUUACCGAGAGAGGACGCCUGGAAGGUCAGUUCGAGUCAGCUGGGACAGAAGAAGUGGAAAUGUGGAAAGCCAAAGUGAGAGACUCUCUCACCUCGAAGGUCUUCGCGGUUUGA